UUCAGUGUGGUACACAAUGAUACCAAACAGCACAGUGACUACUUUUCUCCACUUAAAUAGGCUGAAUGACUGAUUACAAGAUCGGAGACGUGUGAUACUAAUUAAAGAAACAAAUUAGUUUGAAAUAUCACUAUAAUCCAGUUAUUUAUUAUCUUUUCUAAGGGGUACCAACAAAUUAAUUUUGGGGCACACAAGGCUUAAUAGUACAUUGAAAUAUUUAGGAAAGCUUCAGACUACAGAAAGUGUCUGCAAGUUUUUAGCUCUCACCAUCUACUUGACUGAUUAAGUGGGUCACUAACUGGUUAGGUUCUUUGAAUUGAAAGGAAAAAACAAACCAGCACACGCUAGGACCUACGGCUAGGGCCUCUGUGGAAUCGAUUUAGACCUUCCCUGUCGCUGGUCCACACUCCAGACCAGUUGGAGGCGGUAAUGUGCCUUUAUGGUUAGUUGCCAACCGCCUUUUAAUAUACAAAGAACAAGACUUCCUGUUAGCAACCAAAUCGAGGACGCUUGUUCUGGCUUACAUCUCGUUUCCAAGACGAAUUGCCUUGCUCUGCUAACCAUAAACGUCGUUUUUGGAGUUUAAUACAAGGAAUAAGAUGUUUGUUUAUCGUGUAUAGUUAGCUAGUCUUCAAGCAAUCCACUUAUAGUGACGGUAGCUCGAUAAGUUAACUAACAUAACUCGUAACUGUUAGUUGAGUAACGUAACUAAGCUAGCUAGCUACAUUAUUAGAAAGCUAAUGCAAUUACAUUUUUUGCUAUCUUGCCAAUCCUCUUGACUAGUAAACGUUAGUUGUACCUCACUCAUUAUUAGCUGACCAGUACUGUAGAUCUCACGAUGAGUGAGCAACUAAAAUUUAUUGUUGAACACCUGAAUAAAGAUCCCUUUAAGAAAAACUUUAACCUCAUCACGUUUGACUCACUGGAACCUAUGCAACUGCUGCAAAUUCUCAACGAUGUUCUGGCUGAAAUUGACCCAAAGCAAGCUAUUGAUAUCCGUGAAGAAAUGCCUGAUCAGACUGCAAAGAGAAUGUUCACUUUGCUGGGGAUGUUGAAAUACAAACCACCUGGGAAUACUCCUGAUCCGAGCAGUUUCAGACAGGGCCUGGUGACAGGCAGUAAGCCUGUGAUACACCCUAUCCUUCACUGGCUGCUGCAAAGGAUAACAGAGCUGAAAAAGAGGGCUUACCUGGCUCGGUUCCUGGUUAAGUUGGAGGUGCCUGCUGAAUUCCUGCAGGACGAUGUCAUCACUGACACCUAUCACCAGUAUGAAGAACUAGUGGAAGGAUUCAAGACCUACCACAAGGAGUGUGAACAACUGAAAAGCUCAGGCUUUUCAACCGCGGAGAUCAGAAAGGAUAUUGGUGCUAUGGAGGAGGAGAAGGACCAGCUAAUCAAGCGAGUGGAGCGGCUGAAGAACAGGGUGGAGUCGGUGUCUAACCACCAGCGCAUGCUAGACAUGGCCAGGCAGCUACGUGUGGAAAAGGAGAGGGAAGACUCUCUUGGUCAGCAGAAGCAAGAUCAGAAGAACCAACUUUUCCAGGCAGAGCAGAGACUGCAGCGAUCUCAGCAGCAGCUGAAGGACCUGCGAAAGGCAGCAGCAGAUGCCAAGCCAGAGAGCUUAAUGAAGAGGCUUGAAGAGGAGAUCAAGUUUAACUCCUACAUGGUUUCUGACAAACUGCCCAAGGAGCUGGAGGGUAAGAGGCGGAUGGUGGAGUACCUGCAGAAGGUGGUGUGUGAGCCAGCCAUGGGCCAGGCUGAGCUCAGGGAACUGGAAGAAAAGAUCAGAGAAAUCAACGUUGAAGUAAACCAUCUAAUUGAGAAAAGAAUGAUGCGAAACGACCCCAUGGAUGAUAAACUGUCUCUUUUCAGGCAACAGGCAUCCAUUAUAACACGUAAAAAGGAGUCAAAGGCUGAGGAGCUGCAGGAGGCGCGGGAGGAGCUAGCUGCACUAGAGAGAGAACUAAGCCAGAAGAACACCCAAGCACGAGACCUGGAUGGAGACGAGGUCAUUCGGGGAGACGAGUUUAAACGCUUUGUAGGGAAACUGCGCAGCAAGGGGACUGUGUUCAAAAAGAAGCGUCAGGAGAUUACAGAGCUGAGAGCUGAGUACGGUGUCCUGCAGCGGACAGAGGAGGUCCUGAAACAGAGGCACGAUGUCGGCCAAAAGCAACUGCAAUCCAUGGAGGCCCAGAAGGGGAUCUCCGGGUACAGUGACACUCAGGAGGAACUGGAGAGGGUGUCAGCCAUUAAGAGUGAACUGGAUGAGAUGAAGGGGCGCUCGCUGGACGACAUGUCCGAAAUGGUUAAGAAACUUAACUCAGCGAUAGUGGAGAAAAAGAACGCCCUCGCUCCGAUCUUAAAGGAACUGAGAUCUUUGAGGCAGCAGUCUCAGGAGCUAACUCAAGAGUAUGAGGAAAAGAAGGCCCAGUAUGACAGCUGUGCUGCAGGUCUAGAGAGCAACCGGUCAAAACUGGAGCAGGAAGUGAGAGCUCUGAGGGAGGAGAUGACUCAGGAAGAAUCACGAUACCACUACAUCAACUGCAUGAAAGACAUCAUUGAGAUGCAAAUGCAGCGAGCGGCAGAUGAGAUGAAGGCCUACGUGUCCCCUGAUCCUCAAGAGAGGAGGAAGACCAUCAGGGAGCAGUACAUGAAGAACAUCGCAGAGCAGGAGUCCCUGGGCAAGAAGUUGCGUGAGCAGCAGAAGGCUGUGAAGGAGAGCCAUGGGCCCAACAUGAAGCAGGUGAAGAUGUGGCGCGACCUGGAGCAGCUAAUGGAGUGCAAGCGCCAGUGCUUCCAGAGGGCCCAGAGCCAGGCCUCAAUUGGUCAGGUCAUCCAGGAAGGAGGUGAGGAUAGGCUAGUACUGUGAGGACACGGAGGAUGUCGGGGCUAGGCUAACUCUGGCACACCAUGUGCCUGCAUUUCCAAUGUGUUCUUUUUAAAGAAAUGAAAACCAGCCAAUAUAAGCUGGUCAUUUUAUUUUGUUGUGCAAACCCACUGCAUCUUUGACCAAUGAUCUAAUUGCAUGGGUUUCCAUGCACCUACCGAAUACUUGUGUUUGUGAUGUUGCUGUUUUCAUGACACUAGCUAUGGUUUACCAUUAACAUUAACCGGAAUUAUCGAUUAUCUUACUACUAUAUGUAGUUUAAUACUUAUAGUUAAUGUUUGUCUUGCCAUAUAUUUUUGGUGAUUUCAUGAAAUGAAAGAAAAUGACUUAUCUUUUAUUACCUACAGUUAAAAGGAUUAAAUUGGCCAAAUCUGUGCUGUUAAGUCUUGUUUCAUUAACCAUUUGUGUUCUUUAAUCACAAUGUAGGAUUUAGUUUCACUGAUUUAUCUCCUGUGAGGAACACUUUUGCUAUGAUUAUAUUUGGAGAGGUGCCUGGUUAAUGCAAAACUGAAAGAACACAUAUUUAGGUGUCAGGAUAAGUGCAAUUUCUCUGGCCCUUUGACUUAAAACAGAACUGGAGCCUCAAUUUUGACAAAUCUUACAGUUCUAUUAUAUGUGUCUAAAGAUAACAGGGUACUAUGUGUUGGACAUGCAACUUGUUUGCAUUCAGCUAGGUUGGGAGAAAACAGUCACCACCUUGGGCAAAGCAUCUUCACAAUUCGGGGUUCAGCUAGAUCUCUGUUGUUAAGAAAGGUCAGUGAAGGGUGAUCAAGUCAAGCUAUGUUUUUUACAAAUUGAACCUAAAUGUUUAUUCCUGUUUAACACUGUGUAUCACCUCUAUUUCUUCCAUGUAUUGUAUUAGUUAUAUAAUACACUUUUGUACUUUUCACUGAACUUUGUUAAUAAAAAUACGUUCUCACAAUGUAA